AAUGUCACAAUAUAUAAAAUUUUUCUUUUUGUCAAAAAUCCUAAUGAUUUUAGUAUAAUGGGAAAUGUGUUAUUUGGCCAACGAUGUGACCAUCCGAGUGAUGAAAGUAUCAUAAAUCUGUCAGAUAGUUGUGUUGAUAAACUUUUAAAACCACCAGAAGAACGUGAAAACGUAAUUUGUAAACCUACUAAUAUUCGAAUAGAAGAUGACAAAUGGAUGAAAAAAUUGAGAUGUAAAGAUGAAUUACAUUCGAAAAGUAAAGGUAUCACGUUGGAAGACAUAGAGAAAUUACUUAUAACUAUAGAGGGCAAAAUUGGUGAAAUUAGACAUCCUAAUUGUUCAACCGAAGACCUUAUAGCUUGUUUAAAGCAAAAUUCGCGAUGUAUAGCGAAAUGCGAGAAGUAUAUGAAUCAAUUUAUUGACUGUAUCGAUACGGCAAGAAUAGAAGCCAUAAAAAAAUCGAUGAUUUUGCAAAAAACAGAAGAUACCAGUGUAGAUUGUGAUAUUUCUAGCGAAAAAACUUGUCCCCCUGACAUAAUAAAUGAUCAAGACUGAU